AUGGAACAAGUAGCACAGUUAUUAACGCAAUCUUUGCAACUUGGACCUGAGCGUAAACAAGCUGAGCAGCAAUUACAGCAAGCUGAAUCACAGCCUGGCUUCCUACUCGUUUUGCUCCAACUGGUGGCUCAGGAAUCUGCACCAAAUGAAAUACGCUUGGCUGCUGCAGUUUUACUCAAAAAUAAUAUAAGAAAGAACUGGCCAGAAGAUGGUCCUAUUAGCUUGGAAGAUAGAAACACAGUGAAAGCACAAAUUGUUCCUGCGAUGAUUGCUUUAUCAUCUAGACCGCCAUUGCAAACUCAAAUGGGUGAAGCUGUCGCAAUCAUCGCAGAAUACGAUUUCCCAGCUAAUUGGGAGGGUCUGAUUGAUCAACUCGUAUCUGCUCUCACAGAAUCUGACUACUCUAUAAACAACGGUGUACUUACGACCGCACACUCGAUAUUCAAAAGAUGGCGCUCACAAUUCCGCUCAGAUGAACUCUUCAAAGAGAUCAUUUUCGUUUUAGAACGCUUCUGUGACCCAUUCUUGGGUAUCUUUAGACGUACAGAUCAACUCCUCAGCGAUCCUUCAUACCACAGUCUUCCUGAAGCACAACGCGUACAACUUGCUCAAGCAAUGAUUUUACUCACCCAAAUCUAUCACGAUCUUAACUCACAGGAUUUACCACCAUUCUUUGAAGAUAAUAAUAACGAAUUUAUGGGAUAUUUCGCUAAAUAUCUCGUUGAAUGGAACGCUCAAUUCGAUGACGGUGCCGGCGAAGAUCCAACACCUUUGGAGAAGAUUAGAGCAAGCAUUUGUGAAAUCGUCGAACUUUAUUCACAAAGAUACCUCGAUGCAUUCCCACAAAUGGGUGCAUUCGUCGAACGCGUUUGGACUUUAGUAAUUGGAUUAGGAUUGUCUACCAAGUAUGAUGUUUUAAUUAGCAAAGCACUCAAGUUCUUGAGUACUGUCGUUAGAAAUCCUGACCAACGCGGUGCCAUUGACAAUGAAGCAACUCUUAACCAAUUUUGUGAAAAGAUCAUUUUACCAAACAUGCAAAUGCGUGAACAUGAGGAAGAAAUGUUCGAAGAUGAUCCACUCGAAUACGUUCGUAGAGAUCUUGAACCAACUUCAGAUUCAGACACCCGUAGAUCUGCAGCUACAGAAUUUACACGCGCAUUAAUGGAACAAUUUGAAGGAACUGUCACGAACAUUAUUAAAGGUUAUAUUGCUAGUUGUUUACAAGCAUUUAGCGAACAAAACUGGAAAUCUAAAGAUACCGCAAUAUACCUACUCACUUCGAUCGCAAGUAAGGGAUCAACAUCUACACAUGGUGUUUCAUCAACUAAUCAAUUAAUUGACGUUAUUUCAUUCUUCUCUGAACAUGUUUUCCAACACCUUCAAACCCCUUCACACGCAAUUCUAGAAGUUGACGCUAUUAAAUUCUUAUACACAUUCCGUAAUCAACUCAGCAAAGAACAAAUUUUAUCUGUUUUACCACUCUUAGUUCGUCAUUUAGCCAGUGAGAAUUAUGUCGUUUACUCAUAUGCUGCUAUCACCCUUGAAAGAACACUCGCUUUGAGAAGAGACGGUAAACAAGUUAUAGAAAAGGAUGAUGUUAAGCCAUUCGCUCAAGAUAUCUUGAUUGCAAUUUUCAAUAAGAUUGGUGAAGCACCAACACCUGAGAAGAAAGCAGAGAAUGAAUACCUCGCUCGUGCAGCUAUGCGUAUCAUUUUGGUUGCUCAGGAUAGUUUGACAGAUGUUCAUGAAGCUAUCUUAGAUUACCUUGUUGGUAUUACAGCAGAAAUCGCUAAAAAUCCUUCAAAUCCACGUUUCUCUCAAUAUAUCUUCGAAGCAAUCGCUGCAUUGAUUAGAUUCGUUGGUGGUGCAAACAAGCAAUUCUUGCCAAAUAUAACCAACAAAUUACUUUAUGGACCUUUCCAAAUGAUUUUAGGUCAAGAUGUUCAAGAAUUCCAACCAUUUGUCUUCCAAAUUGUUGCACAACUUUUGGAGAUCCAAGGUGAGGGUACACCAGAUGCCUUUAAACCAUUGUUACCUCCAUUAAUGCAACCAACAUUAUGGGAACAACGUGGAAAUGUUCCACCUUUAGUUAGACUCUUGAAAGCAUUUUUGAUGAGAGUUUCAUCUGACAUUGUUGCAAACAAUCAAAUUAGUAACAUUUUGGGUGUUUUCCAAAAACUCAUCGGUAGUAAGGUUCAAGAUGUCUAUGGAUUUGACCUGUUGGAGGGUUUAAUUGAGUUUGUUCCUGCUGUCACUAUGCAAGAAUACAUUGCACCAAUUUUAACUCUUCUCCUCACUCGUCUUCAAGCUAGCAAGACAGAUCAGUUUACACGUGCAUUCAUUCACUUCUUCAUGUUUGCGGCUGCACUCGAUGAUAGAGGAUACGGAAUUCCAUUCCUCGUUAAUGGUUUCGAUAAAGUACAACCAGGACUCCUUCCACAGGUACUCGCAUCAGUUCUCCUUCCGGAAGUGCAGAAGGUUACACCACGUGAUCGCAAAGUCGUCUACAUCGGUCUCGUCAAGCUUUUGACAAACCCACAAACACUCCAAAUGGGUAAAGUUUGGCCAACCGCCUUGGAAGCAAUUUUGAAGUUGUUUGUCAACCCACAAGAUCUCAAGGCAGCAGGUACGAAUGAGAUACUUGUUGAUGAAGAAUCUGGUUAUCAAACUACAUACGCAAAGUUAGCUUCAUCUGAAUACCCACCAGCUGAUAGAUUCGCUAAUGUCACUGAUGAGCGCUUAUUCAUGAGCACCAGCUUGGAUGCUUUCAGUAAGAGCGUACCUGGUCAGAUCCCUGCUCUCUUGCAAGCCGUACCACAGGAGUUACUCAACCCACUCAUACAAUUCAUGCAAUCUAAUGGUCAAACUAUCGUUUAG